CAGGCUCAUGCCACCCCGAGCCGGCAUGGUCAAACUGGCUAUCGGGUAAAGAUAAUUUUAUACCCGGAUUAAACUCUAUAUAUUUCUUGUGUGUGCGGGGGCUGCCGUUGAGAUCCGCACAUCUCGCGCGCGCGCAGCUCGUGGAAGCGUUAUUAAGUUUUCAUUCUCGCUCAUUUCGGCCAAGGCCUCGUCCACGAUGGCUCUCCUCCCUGCCGCCAUGCGAUCGAUUCUCAGAGCUCGGAGUACCCGUGUUCGUCGCGCUGCUCGCGACUUGCAGGCCGGAGGCGGCGGCGGCUGCUCGAGCCUCCUGCGCCGGUGGCAGUCGUCGCUGCCGCAGCUGGACCAUGUCGACAGGUCCGACGUCGAGAGCGGCGGCGAGAUCGACUGGGACAACCUCGGCUUCGGCCUCACCCCGACCGACUACAUGUACGUCAUGCGGUCCUCGCCGGAGGACCUCGGCGCCUUCCCCCGCGGCGAGCUCUGCCGCUACGGCAACAUCGAGCUCAGCCCCUCCUCUGGCGUCCUCAACUACGCCCAGGGGCUGUUCGAGGGGAUGAAGGCGUACCGGCGGCCGGGGCGCGCCGGCUACACGCUGUUCCGGCCGGAGGAGAACGCGCGGCGGAUGCAGUUCGGCGCCGAGCGGAUGUGCAUGCCGGCGCCGUCCGUGGACCAGUUCGUGAACGCCGUCAAGGAGACCGUCCUCGCCAACAGGCGCUGGGUGCCGCCGCAGGGAAAGGGGGCCCUGUACCUCCGGCCCCUGCUCAUGGGGAGCGGCCCGAUUCUGGGGUUGGCGCCAGCCCCCGAGUACACGUUCCUCAUCUACGCCGCGCCAGUCGGAAACUACUUCAAGGAGGGCCUGGCGCCGAUCAACCUCGUCGUCGACGACGAGUUCCACCGCGCCAUGCCGGGCGGCACCGGCGGCGUCAAGACGAUCGCCAACUACGCGCCAGUGCUCAAGGCGCAGAUGGACGCCAAGAGCAAGGGGUUCACGGACGUGCUGUACCUCGACUCGGUGCACAAGCGGUACCUGGAGGAGGUCUCGUCGUGCAACGUGUUCGUCGUCAAGGGCGGCGUCGUCGCCACGCCGGCCACCAAGGGCACCAUCCUGCCGGGGAUCACGCGCAAGAGCGUCAUCGAGCUCGCCAGGGACCGCGGAUACAAGGUGGAGGAGCGGCUCAUCUCCAUCGACGACCUGAUCGACGCCGACGAGGUGUUCUGCACCGGCACGGCGGUGGUGGUGGCGCCGGUGUCGGCGGUGACGUACCAGGGGCGGAGGCACGAAUUCAGGACCGGCCCGGACACGGUGUCGCAGGAGCUGUACACGACUCUGACGUCCAUCCAGAUGGGCCUGGCCGAGGACAACAAGGGAUGGACAGUGGCAGUAGAUUAAGGCGACGGCAUGGGGUGCCAGGGAAGGGCCACGACAUUCAUAUAGUAUUUCUUGCUGCUUAUUAUUAGGUUAGCCAUUGUGAGCAGCUAUUGGUAUUAUUGUCAUCACCCAUCAGGUUGAAAAAGCAUGCAUGCCAUGAUCAGCGUGUAGUAUCAGGGCAGCGGUAAAAAUAAACCGUGUGUGUUGAACUGUUGCUGGCGAUUGAGCAGCCGUUGGUUUGAUCUCCGAGCUCUGAAUCUCUGAUGAUGUUCACCCAUCUUCCAUGCCA